AUGCCGCCGUUCAUCAGCGCCGAGCCACUGGGUGACGUCACUAGCUGGACGGUGCCUCCGCCGCCGCCGCCGCCGCCGCCGCCGCCGCCGCCGCCUCCCUCACGCCCCGGUUCUCCAUCACAGCAGGCCGCCGGAGGGAUUACGUCCUUCGCCGCCGGACCGCCAUUAAUAUUUGUCAAUUACUGGAGUAAUCCUACCUCACUUCCUUCGUUCCUGCUCGUGUUUUCAUCUCAGAAGCUUUGUCGUUGUGGGCGACACGAGAGCAGCAGUGUAGCUGUAUGGAAGUUGAGCGAAGACAGAGGAGAAGUGUCGCCUGCCAGAGACAGCGCCUUAGCGCCGCCGAUGAAAGUUGAAUGCGAGCGCAAGGCGGCGCCGAGACCCGGCCGCGCCGGUGUAAGGCGGGCCGAGGCGUUAGCUGGCGCAUCACUGAUGCAUGCGCGCCAGAUUUCAUUAGCAGCUGCCGCGCAGUGCAACGGAGCGGCGCAGCAGUCGGGCGGGUGUGCGCCGGUGGCAGCCUCGCACACAGAAACAAACACUCACAGCCGCACCCAGGAGGAGCCCGAAUGA